AUGUGGAAAGUUGCUAUCGACCAUAUUGAGAUCUAUAUUGACGAUAAUAAUGGCGACGAACAGCUUAAACGUAGUUCGACCGAAAUAUCUCAUCCACCAGCUUUACUAUCUCAAUCGAGUCGUGCACCAUUAGUUUCAUUUGAUGAACACGGCGAUAUUCCAUAUCAUGUCGUGGGUCGAUCAUCUUCAUCUGUUGUUCCUUCUACUUCUCAGCAUAAUAUUAUUUUCCAUUAUUGCUUUAAUUGUUGUUCAUGGAAACGAUUUCGAAAUGAUUUUUGCCAUAUUUUUUCUCAAUUUUUAUUUUCUCAAGUUGGUUUAUCGAUUCUUGUUUUUGUUUAUGUUAUUCUCGGUGGUCUUAUCUUCUAUGCAAUUGAAUCAAAAUAUGAAUCACAUAAGAAUGAACAAAUAAAACGUGAACAUAUACGUGGAAUUCGUAAUAUUCGUCAUAUAGCUACUGAUGAAUUUAAUUGGAUGUUGAAUGCAUCAUUUGAAUUACGUUAUGCACUUUGGCGUGGAAUGAUAUCACGUCAAGAUGGUUAUGAUAAUACCGGUUGGCGUGUACAUAUUAAUAAUGAAAGAUUUGAUAAAUUAAUUGAUGAUGAAUUAGCACGAAUGCAAGGUGAACAAGAAAAAUUAUCAGAUAAACAUGAUACACGAACAGAUAUGUCGUAUAAUCAAAAAUGGACAUUUUCAACAGCUAUGCUCUAUUCAGCAACAGUGAUAACUACAGUCGGAUAUGGAAAUAUAGCACCCAAGUCAAUAUUAGGUAAAGUUAUGACAUGUCUUUAUGCUAUGUUUGGAAUUCCAAUUAUGAUUAUGUGUUUAACAAAUACGGGUGAUCUACUUGCUUUUUUCUUUAUUAAAUAUUACUCUUUGACAAUUAAUUUCAUUCAACGAACGAUUAGACGAUGUACACAACGACAACGACAACGAACAAAAUUAUCUCUUGAGAUAGAAAAUAAGUCUGUACAACAUGUACCGGUUGCAGCAACACUUGCUGUUCUUGCUUUAUACAUUGUAGCCGGUGCUAUUUUAUUUUCUCAUUGGGAGGGAUGGUCUUAUGUUGAUGGUGCUUAUUUUUCAUUUAUUACAUUUACUACUAUAGGUCUUGGCGAUUUAGUACCUGGCAAAGGAACAUUGACAGAAAAUAAAAAUGGCAAAUCAAUUUUAUGUGCAAUCUAUCUUCUGUUUGGUCUUGUUCUUACUGCUAUGUGUUUUAAAUUGAUGCAAGAUGAUUUAUUUGCUAUGAAACAAAAACUCUUUGCUCGUCUUGGCUUGGAAACACAUCAUCAAGAAUCACAUAUUCGUGAAGAUGUCAAGUGA